UGCAUAAAAGUAGUCUCGACAAUGUAUAUGAAUAUAAAUGUGUACUGAAAGACAUCUGUUUAAGUAUCAGGUCAGUAAUACUUUGUAUUUUUAAAUGUUUUAAUGAUUAAAUUCACUUAACUUUUAAAAAAUUUCUAAUAGUCAGCAAACCGUUUUUAUUAUAAUUUUACACAUUAUUAUUUUAAUUAUAAAUAAAAAAUAAAGGCAGCUUUUAAAAUAUAUUAUCACUUGAUAUACCUUUAAGAAACGUGUCCGCUCAUUCACUUGUUCAUUCUCCCUUUUAUCCCCUCUCUUCCUUGCCCAUUCAUUCUAGUGUCCACUAACUCACAUGUCAACUAAAACUGUUGUCUCCACACCUGUCCAUUCAUUCCUUGUCAACUCACUCACUUGUCCACACACUCACUUGUCCACUCAUUAACAAAUUCACUAAUUUCUUUGUCCAAUCAUUCACUUGUCCACUCAAUCAUUUAUCGAAACAUUCACUUGCCAACUAAUUCACAUGCCAAAUCAAUCACUUGUUUACUCACUCACUUGUCUGCUCUUUCACUUGUUCACUCAUGUUCUUUUCCAAUCUCUCACUUUGCUUUUCAUUCACUCGCCCAAUUUAUAACUCGUCCAAUCAUUCACGUGCCCAAUUAUUCACUUGUACAUUUAUUAUCUGAUGCACUCAUUCACUUGUCCACUUAUUCACUUGUCCACUCGUUCUCUUGUCCCCAAAUUAACUUUUCCACUUUUUCACGUGACCACUUAUUCUAUUGUCCACUCAUUCUAUUGUCCUCUCAUUCACUUGACCACUCAUUCACUUGACCACUCAUUCUAUUGUCCACUCAUUCACUUGUCCACACAUUCACUUGACCACUCAUUCUAUUGUCCACUCAUUCAAUUGCUCACUCAUUCCCUUGAUAAUUCUUUCUAUUGUCCACUCAUUCUAUUGUCCACUCAUCACUUGACCACUCAUUCACUUGACCACUCAUUUACUUGCCCCCUCAUUCACUUGACCACUCAUUCUAUUGUCCUUUCAUUCACUUGCUCACUCAUUCCCUUGACAAUUCGUUCUAUUGUCCACUCAAUCACUUGCCCGCUCAAACACUUGACCACUCAUUCACUUGCCAACUCAUUCACUUUCCCACUCAUUCACUUGCCAACUCAUUCACUUUCCCACUCAUUCACUUGCCAACUCAUUCACUUUCCCACUCAUUCACUUGCCAACUCAUUCACUUUCCCACUCAUUCACUUGCCAACUCAUUCACUUUCCCACUCAUUCACUUGCCAACUCAUUCACUUUCCCACUCAUUCACUUGCCAACUCAUUCACUUUCCCACUCAUUCACUUGCCAACUCAUUCACUUUCCCACUCAUUCACUUGCCAACUCAUUCACUUUCCCACUCAUUCACUUGCCAACUCAUUCACUUUCCCACUCAUUCACUUGCCAACUCAUUNUUAAAAAAAAAAAAUAUCCCAAACAUAGGUUUAAGUUUAAUUUUUUUUUUUUAAAAAAUAAAAAAAAUUUUGGUUUAUUAUUCUCUUUAAAAAAAAAAAAAAAAUAUGCAUAGGACUAAAGUAAUUCGAAUCAGUUUCGGAAAAAAAUCGAAAAAAUAAAUCAUUUGUUGAAAUAUAUACGUUGUAAUGUUUAGAAAAAAAAAAGAAUAAGUUUUUAUUUUUACGCUAAAAUCAAAACCAUAUGAAUAUAGAUACUGUACAAGUAAUUAUUCUUAUAGUGAUCCAGUCAGUUGUAAACAAGUGUUUUAUGUGGUCGAAUUAACUUUUUUUUUAUAUAACAAUUACACCCUAAUGUCUGAUGUUAUUGUAAGUGUGUUUUAAUGGUCAUUUCAGAUUUACCAAUAAAUUAAAUGUGGUAAAAUCAUGUGUAAGUUAUAAACUGCCUAUGAUUUGCAGUUAUUCUUUUUUCGUAACAUAUUAUUCAUCUCAAAAUAAAACUUCUUUUCUUUUUUUUUCUUUUUUUUUCUUCAAAAAGUUAAAAAAGAAGAUAUUUACAGUUCUGGUUUUAUAACUUGAUUAUGUUAAAGAUAAUUAUAGUUUACAGUAAUAUUUUUCUUUAGAUAAUCAUAUAAAAUAACUAGACAUUUCCAAAAUGCACCCGCAGCACUACUUUAAAACUUUUUUUUCCUUUUAUUGAAUCUUGAAAAUGUAUAAGGAUCGUAUAAAGAAAUAUUACUUUCUUAACUGUUUUUAUUUGUGUUACUUGGUUGGAUAUACAUGUCUGUUUUUUUUUUCUAAAUUGUUUUUUAUCUCUGUUCACAUUUUGAAAAAAAUAUUUAAGACAUAACAGAGCCAUUUUUUCAUUUAUUAUAUUUUCUAAUAAAUACCUUUUUUCAUAAACAUAUUAUAAAUUUAAGUAGUUUUUUUUAUUUUUUUUAAAGUAUUACUUUAUAUCAAAUGUAAUUGAAAUGAUCUUUUUUUUCAGUAAAGUACAAACUUAACAUUAAAAAAUCUUAAAUAUCAGAUAUGAUUCUUUUAUUGAAACUUUGUUUCCAUUUAUAUUAUAAAUGAUUAAUAAAUGUCUAUAACUCAUUAGAAUGUUACAUUCAUUUAAAAUUUACAAUUUUGAAAAAAACGUCCCUUACAAUUGCAUAUCCUUAAUUACUUCAGAUAAUAAAGAAACAAUGAAACAUUGCUUGAGAACGAUUUGGAUGUACGCCUUAAUUGGUAUUUAUUUGUCAUGGUGAUGUACAGAUUUAAUUAUUAACUUUUUAUAUAUUAAACUACUUAAUUAAAUGAUAUUUAUGCUCCAUCUACAAUCAUUUACUGUUUAAUUAAUAUCAAUGCAUUUAUUUUUUCCAGGUUUAUCAAUGGCACAAUGGGCCGGACAAAACUCUUCUUACACAUUUGUUUUACUUACAGUAUCAGAAAACGUAGAAACUAUUGUUUGGGGGAGAUUUCGUAAUAGUUUAUCUUCUACCUAUAGUUUCUGCACUGUCUAUGCACAGCCCAGAUGUGAUGACGGUUUAAAUGGUUUCAAGACAAACAUUACACUGGAAAGCGGGACAAUAAAAAGUAUGUUUACCAUUCAAAAUGUAACACUUGAGCUACAUAACACAACGUGGGGUAAUUAUGUUACGUUUACAGAUAAAGUUGCAGAGGAAACACGAUAUGACCUCAAAGUUUACGGUGAGCAAAAUUAAUGUCUGAAUAAAUAUUUUUUUUAAAAAUAAGCAAAAACGCUAUGAAAGUUAUAAAUAAUUAAGAAACUAUCAUCCAUCCCAUCCCUGUGGCGCUACAGCCCAUGUAGGGCUUUGGCCUGCAUCACCACUUCCUUCCACUCAGACCUAACUAAUGUCUUUCUUUUCUAUGCUUGGACUUUCAGCUGCUGUAGACCUUUUACGACAUCAUUCAUAAGCCUAGGUCUGUCUAAUUGUUAUAACAUCUUCAGGGAUUAUAUUUCUUUAAUAAGUAAAGCAUAUUUUUAAACAAAACUUAAUUUCUAUUACAAUAUACAAUUUCCAAUUAAAAAAAAAAGAAAAACAAAAAAUAAUUUGAAGAAAGAAAACAAAAAAGAAUUACAUUUUAUAUGAAACAAUCUCAAUGAUAGUAAAAAAACAUGUGAAAAAAACAAGGAUAAAAUGACGCAAAUAAAGUGGACUUAAAAACGUUCUAAUUUGGUAUAUAUAAUUGUAAAAUUCGUUGAAGUUCAAAGUAGAGCAACUGAUUUUUCUGAUUUAAAAUGUGUAGACUUGUAGAAAUGAUUUCGUACAGUGAAAAAAAAAAUUACAACAAAAAAAAAAUGCAGCUAUUUCAAUGUACAUUUUGGCUAAAACUUUGCCAACAGCAGUUUAACGAAUGCUACAUGGCUUUAACCUUAGGUACUUUGACGAUUUAAUUCCACACUUUCUAUUCUGGACACUUCGGCAUUCAACCAUUUACGAUGAUACGCAAUUAUUUUAAUUCUAAACUCCAAAAUAAAGACACGGGUAAUUUCAGUAUUUCGAAUUUUCAAGAAAAUCUCUAGAGUUUGGAAAAAGUUCAUUUGAUUUGUUAAUGUUUUUUUUUUUUUUUUCUCUUAACAAGCUCCAACGGACGUUUUUGGAACAAACGUGUACAUUUUUUUAAAAUGUCAAUUAUUAUGUUGCACUUUUAAGUUUACCACCACCCCCUAACAAAUGCAGCUGGACACAAGCCAGCCACACAAAUGUCAAUUAAAAUUCAAUGUGAUUUUUGAACUUCGAUUAUCAUUAAAAAUACAUAUAAUUGUAAUUAUUCACACUUAGUUUUGUUUCACUAUUCAAGUACGCAAGUAACUGUGCGACAGGGGUUUGAAUUAUUCCUGUGUUUCUUUUAAACCAAUGCUGCAUGCAUGGGCGCCCGCAGAAAACUUUCUAGGGGGGGGGGGGCGGUUUUUUUAGCUAAUUGAAAGGUGGGGGGGGGGAAGUUUUUUAGUAAUGUUUUAAUGUAGUUUUAUUUUACUGUAGCGUAUUUGUAUGGUGAACGAACGGACAGGACAUCAGCUUAGUUACGUUCUCUAUAUUUUCUCUUUACUUUAAUAAUUUUUUUGUCUUUUUUUGUCUAAAUAUUGUUUAUCCAAUCAAUCAAGGGGGGGGCAAGUGCCCCACCUUUCCCCUACCUACGGGCGCCCAUGGCUGCAUGCCAUGCGCAUUGCGUACGACAGUAAUAAAAAUAAAAGACAUCGGGAAGUUUGAUAACCAAAGUUUCGGAAAAGGAUAAGUUCUGAAAAUUGAAACUCUACAUCAUACCGUCUUGAAUUAGUACCACCAUAAUCAUUUCUAUCACUUCAUUGUGACUUUCGUUUUUAAAAUAUGUAUAGAUCUAAGUCGGCAAAAUGGUUUAUUUUGCGAAACUUUGACGGCGACAUGACGGCGGUGAAAGGACAGUGGGAAAACAGGGGCGUUGAAGCGGCGGUGACGAGGUGACGGCCUCGACUGGUUCUGUUCCCUUAAACGGAUUGUCACCGCUUUGACACCUAAAAUUGGUGUAGAGGCUAAAUGUUUAACAUGUUUUGACCUAAUGAGGUCUUAUAAAAAAAAGAGUGUCCAGAUUCGUAUGGAAGUUUUUGACUUCUUUAUUUCUUCAUACCCUAUAAACAUGUGGGAGUGUUAAAAAUAUUAAGAUAUUGGUGAAGUUUCCUUAUAUAGCUACAAGACUGACUAAGAUUUUUGCGACGAGUAAUCUCUAUUUUUUUAUUAAUGUGUUCUAGCACCCCCAGAAAAUCCAGUUUGUGAUAACGCCAUACUAAUAAAUGGUACAAUAAUUCAAAUCAAUUGCGUCACAGAAAAGGUUUUUCCAGCUGCCAUCUGCAAAUUUUACUUGAAAACUAAUGUAAGUUUUGUUAUCACCUUAUCCUCCAUAUAUUACUUUUUAAUACACGGUUUUAAGCCAACAGGUCUACGUUGAAACGGGUAAAUUUAUUUAAAGGUAAUGAUAUCAAUCUUACAUAUAUAAGAAUAAUGUAUAUUAAUAUUAGCUUUAAAUGUGUAUAUAAUAUGCAAUAAUCCAACUAAUAUUUGGAGGCUAAGGUUUCUAUAAUAUUAAUGUAAUUUACAUUUAAAAAUAUGCGAUUUAAAAAAGCAGCAAAAGUUAAACAAAGGACUAUUUAAGUCUUUUUUUUGACAGCAAAAAUACAUAAUGCACUGCUGAUUUAAAAAACGAACACAUUAUUUAAAGCUCUGUUUUCUUUUCUUUUUUUCUUUUUAUUUUAUAGAAAUUGCCAUUUUUGCGAUUCAUUUAAUAUUUUUCUAAUCAUUCUUUAUUUACCAGCAAUCAGCCACAGUCUUGUUAAAUUCUGGAUCAAUAAAUUAUAAAAGUGAUGCAUUAAACUCCACUGGAUACAACAGAACAGAAUGUAGCUACACUGAAUCUGUUCGCGUCCUAGGUCCUGGAUCUCACGUAUUCCAUGUUGUCAUGUAUCCAAAUAUCCCCUCAAAUAUAACAGAAGACAUGAAGAGAUCAAGUCAACUUACAGUGCCUAUCAACAUUGGUAAAUUACAAAUUGAAUUCAAUAAUUCAAAGUGUUUAAAUAAAAACAAACAUUAUACCCUUCAUUGUGGUAGAUUAGAUUUAGAACUAGAUCACACAUUUUAAGACACUUGAUUUUCUUCAGUUUAUCGAUCAGUUGAGUAUUGCUAUGAAGAUUUUCUCACGGAAUGUUUGUGAAAACACUGCCACUCAAUGUCACUAAUUGGUGGGAUGUGAGGAUUGCAUUGGUUUUGUUGCCAGAAAAGCGCCGAUCACGAAAUGACCCGAUUGCCCAAGGUUUUAAUUAAUUUAGACGUUAAUGACAAUGAAACCUCCACUCUAAUCUGGAAGAAAGUACCUCACCGUCAUCAACUUCUACCCUCAUACUAUACUUCGUGCGAUCUAUUCAAAGUCCAAGUAUUGGCUAUUUUAUUUUUUUUAUUUAUUUAUUUUUUUUUUUUUGUGUGGAUUAUCUUAAAAUAAAAAAAAAACUGAAUUUUUUAGUGAUAACCUUAAGGUGUGUAAAAAUCGUGAAGCCGUUCCUUAUUUGCUGAACAUGGGACAUUGGAGAAGUAUAGAGGGGUAUGUACAAGAUAUUCGAUCAUACCUUACCCAAGAAAUUCGCUAAGAAAGAAAUGCAGAUCACUAAGACAGUGUCAUAAAACUUUGAAGCAGUUUAUUUUAAGCCUUUUUCUUUCAAAGAGCCCCUUUUAUGGUGAAAAAAACAAAAAGAGGAAUGGAGUCACAGGUUUUCAAUCAAUAUUUUGGGACCACGUAUUUUUGCACUGGUCGCCCGGUAACUGAUCUUGACCGAGUAAUUAAUAAAGGUGGUUUUAUAAUAUUUUUAUUUCUUAUGUCUGUUUAAUAAAAAGACACAUAGCCACGUCUGUAAUACUGAAGCCAUCACCUUGAUAUUGAAACAUGUAUGUUGUAUCUAUUAAAUCAAAUAAUGCUAAACAUGUUUUCCCUUUAGUUUAUCCCAAAGCUGUCUUGGCGCCUAACUGUAACUUCAUCGACUACAUCAAAGAGAAUGAGACAAGAACAUGCACAUGUUAUGAUGACAACCCAAGUUUCUUACCCACUCAAGUGAGGUGGAAUGUAGACGGGACAAGUAAUCGUACCCUGAUAUUUACUGCACGAAGACCUUCUUCAAACGGUAGAUAACAUUAUAAAAUUAUCAUUUCUUUUUUUUUCAAAGUAUUUAAUAAUUUCAUACUUUAUUUUCAUAAUUUUUGUAUAGUUAAAAAUAAACGUUUUACAGCUUGAUUUUCGAAUACAGUUAGUGUUAUUAUUUGAUAAAUUCAAGUUUUCCGCUUUGUUUGCUCUAUCGAAAAUUAUGAAUAGUGUGUGUUUCUCUGUAAAGACCUCAUUUAAUCAUUUAUGAAUGUUGUAUACUAAUUAAAUCAUGUUGAUGUAAGUGGAAUCAAAGUAAAAAAAUGAAACGAAUCAUUAUUUUAGAAUUACAACUUUUAAAACAUUUAAUUUAACACCACCAUCCCCCCCCCCCACAAAAAAUAGGUUCGGGGGGAGCAAUGAAAAGUAAAUUAACAUAUAUUUUAAACGAACAAUUACAAAAGUAAGAUUUAUUUCCAAAUAAAAUAAAACGUCCAUUUGAUAUUUAAAAAAAAAAUAAAUAAAUAAUUGUAUGCAUUUAGUUUUUCAGAUGUUUCAAUGCACAAUCAUAAACAGUCUGAAUUGGACUGAUACCAUAACAUACCAAGCACCAGUUGCAUGUAAGCCAACCUUGUAUUCUAUACUAAAAAGAAUGUGAUUUGCAUUUCCUUAUUAUAUACAAUGAUGAUUUUUUGCACAUACAAUCAUUAAAUGCAUCCCUCAUUUGUUUGAAUCUAAUUUUUUCCAGAUCCACCAACGUUAAAUGUGUCCUUACUCAACCCAAACUUAGAUAUCUGUGAUGCGAAGGAGGUCAAUAUUUUAGGAAAUUGUUUUCUCACUCCAAGUUUUCCACAACCUUCAGUUCAAGUCUACAUUAACAAUGUGCUACUUGUUGGUAACCCACAAACCAACUCAAAUUUAUACACAUUUAACAGUACUGUGACGUCUUCUGGCAUCGUCAACGUCACUUGCUGUGCUAACAACCAGGCGUUCACGGUGCACAUCAACACAUCUCUAUUUAUUAAAGGUAAUCUAUAAAACAUUUAAAGUUUCCUACACGUUUUAAUACAAAUAGAAUUAUAGUUAGCAACUUUUGACUUGUAUAUAUAUAUUAUAUGUGCAUAAUAUUAAAAUCUGAAUUUCUUUAAAAUAUUUUCAGGACCACCCGAAGUGCCAACCAUUUUCAAACUUGUUAAAGACGAAGUUUUCUCUUCUGAAAGUACGCGACAAGCAAUAAUCAUGUGUCAAUCUAGAGGUGGCUACCCGUACUCCAAAAAAGUAUCUCUCACCUGUGGUAGUGUUGAAGCACAGGCAACAAGUAAGAUUAUUUAAUUAUAAUCUGUAUACACAUACAAGGGAUUAGGAAAAUUUAAUUUAAAAAUAGUUUUUAACCACUGAUGACUAACAACUGAUGAAGAUAUAGUUUAUUUAUUAAGCAAAAAAUGAAAAAAAAAAAAAGAAUAAUUAAUUUUAUUUAAAAACUAACUUUUAUGUAUGAAAAUAAAGUGUUGUGAUGAAAAGAUAAUUACGUCAGUGUUAUACAUCUGUAUGAUGCACAUUUACAAUAAGAUACUUAGUUUCCCUCAGAUAUUUGCAUGUUUCUCGCUUUAUUUUUACAUAUGUGUAUCAUUGAUCAUUUCAAAUGAUAGAUUCCAUUAUUGUUUCUGUCAUGUUCAAUGACUUCCAACUUUAUCACUUUUAAGUCAUUUUUUAAAAAUUAGUUAAGUAUCUUGAUUAAAUAAACAGUUAUGUAGAAUGCGUUAUUCAAAAAUAGUUAAGUGAUUUGAAUAUAUUGUGUUAAUGUAUAAAAGUCAAAGAAGAUAAUUAUUAAGGAGAUACACUUAGACAGUGAUAAAGUUUUGGUAGCAAUGCUCUAAUAUUUAUAAAACAUGACUUGAUCACAAUAUCUCCAAAAACUUAUGACAUUAUUUUUACAGAUAGUGAAAACGUUAUUUUAUACGUUAAUAUGACACGCACGCCGACUGACGUAAAUUGCACAUGUGUUGUUUGGCACGAGUCGAAAUGUGUACAUAACAAAACUACUGAGACACUAACCUUAUGUAAGUCUUUAUGAAGUAUUGCACAAUGAUACAUAGUAUUUGGUGUAUUUGAUAGUUCAAGAAAAGAUUAUAUUGCUUAACAAACCCAUAUAAUAUUAAAUAUUUUAAUUUUAAGACCUCAGAGGACAUAACUGACAUCAAUUAUUAGUAAUAGUCGUACACAUCAAAUUGUUUUAUCAUCAACCCUAAAUAAACAAGGCAAUGAUUACAGCGGUUCUUUAUAAAUUACACUUUAAUGCAAGCUUUAAUACUUUCUUCUCCUUUAAUGCACUGUAUAAAAUGUUUAUUUGAACUUUAAAUGUGACAGACUUUUUAGGGGACUCAGGUUUAGAUCAAGUCAAUAAAGCCGCGAUUGGAGUUGGUGUUUCCAUGGCAAUUGUUAUCGUCGUACUGAUAAUUAUAAUGAUUUUUAUAAUAAGACGAAUUAAAAGUAAGUAAACAUAACUCAAGUCUGUUAGCACUUAUCUUUGUAUUUAAAUUUUAAUAUUAAAUAUGUGCGUUCUGGUAAUCAUAUUUUCAUUUUCACGAGCAAUCCUUAAGCUUUUUUGAGGUUAAUGGUGGGGGAGGGGGAUUGCUCUUUAUUAUCUCCAUAGUUUUUAUUCUUCAAGCAUAACUAUUUUCAAAUGGAUUAAGAAAAUAUUUUUAUAAACAUUUGAAAUGUUGAUUUUUUAAAAUAUAUAUUACGUGGGCACUCGUUACAGGAACUAAUGGCAAUCAACAAACACAAUUAAAAACAAAGUAAGUAUUCAUCUAUAUGUAUAUUUGUUUCAACCUUUCUAAAUAAUAAAGAUUAAAUCGUUGUUUUUUUCAUGCAAGCAACUAUUAAAUUUUCAAUAUAUUUCGAUAAAGACAUAGUUUCCAUGAAUUUUAAUAAAAAUUGCAAAAUUCAAUAGUUUUAUAUGGUAAAUGUUAUUGAUGCGAAAAUCAUUAAAAUUAUGUAAUAAAGUAUAAAUACAUUAACAUGCAAUAAGGGUAAAAGUAAAAUAAUAUGAAUUUUAGUUGAAUGUAAAUUGUAAAUGAGAAAGUCUGGGAAUAAAAAACGAAUAUUUAUACUUGAAAAACAUUUUAAAAAAUAAACAUACGACUUUUUAAAAAGUGCACAUUACACACACAUGUUAUGUUCUUCUUACUUUAAGUAAUUAAAAAUCAUACAUCAUUUUUCAUUUCAGUAAAAGACAAGAUUACAAUAACAUUCGAGGUAUAUGUUUUUAUUAUUUGUUACAAAAAAUAAAAUAAAGAAAUAAUCACACAAAAAACACACACACAUAUGUAUAUAUAUAUGUAUAAGUGUUCAUAAACAUAUAUAUAUGUCUAUAUACAGUCGAAUGCAUAGAUACAUACAUUAAGCAAUUCAUUAAUUUAACUAGAUCAUUACUAAUUUUACAGCCACAACCCCGUAUGUCAACACUGAGAUGCACGCAUAUGAAACAGCAAACACCAGAAAUCCCAGUUAUUCAAAUGAAGAACUCCCAGGUACUUCACAGCAUCGUGACAAGAAGUUUGAAAUUAGUUUUAAAAAAGGUAAUGCACAGUUAAAUAUGGUCUUUAAAAAAAAUAAUCAUUCUUCCUUCACCUUCUCUGACGUAUUUAAACACUAUUUCAACAAAUACGAAUACAUUUUUGUUAAAGGAUGCACACGAUAGUUUUAUUUGUAAAAAAAUUGUAUUAUGAAAUUUCUAAUCAAAUUUUGGUGUUUUUAUUUUUUUCUUGCUCAUUUGUUAAAACUUCAAAUAAUGUUUAUUCUCAAAUUAAAUAUCUUGCCAAAUUAAACAAAUGUUCAUUUAACUUAAAGAAAAACCGAUUUGAUAGAAAAUCUUCUUAACUAUCAUUUGCAGACAUUUUCUUUGUUUUAAGGAGUAAAAAAAUAACUUUAUGAUAUUUAAAUAUGACGAUCAGCUCAAAAAGACAAUUGAUAAGCGAAUAAUUAUAAAGCUUACACUGAGUGUGUUUACGAUGUAUUGGAAUUAUUGAUACCAAACUGAAAGAUAAAUCUAAAAAAAAAAAAAAAUAAUGACUAAGAAUAUUGUUUGUUUUCGAUAUUUGAACUUUUCCAAUAGCAUUAUCCGAUGAUAUAAUUAUAAAGCUUACACUGAGUGUGUUUACGAUGUAUUGGAAUUAUUGAUACCAAACUAAAACAUAAAUCUAAAAAAAAAAAAAAAUAAUGACUAAGAAUAUUGUUUGUUUUCGAUAUUUGAACUUUUCCAAUAGCAUUAUCCGAUGAUAUCGCCUCAAUCCACAGCUGAAAAAGAAGACCAUCCAUAUGACGAGGUUACAGAGCUGAAAUAAUAUAGCUCAAAACUACUCUUUUUCAUUUUAAGACAGAUUCAACACAGAUUUAUUAAGUUUAGAAAGUGUUCUUAAAUUUUUUAUUCAUUUUAUAAUAAUCAUAAUCACAUUAUUUUUCAAUCAUAUUUGAUGCAUCGUUUAAAUAAUUAAUUGUGAAGUGAAAAUUAUAUUUUUGCAUUAAUGAAUGCAUUAUUACUAUCUUAUAUUCAUAUUUAACUUUCAAUUAAGAAUUCUUUAAUAUUUUUUUUACUAAUUUAAUUUGC